UUUUAGUCGGUUCAGUUUAGUGACGUUUUUACUACAUCUUUACUGUACCGAACCGAAGCUUCUUCUUUUUUGAUAACUAAAGCAUGCAUUUGCAUGCUGGGUUCUCUUCUCGGUGGGUAUAUAGCAUUUCAAGACCUUUCAUUUCAAAUAAACAGAAAUCAGUCUCGAACACUCGCAUCUAGAGUUCGGAGCUUUACUUUGGCUGCUCCAGCUUCCUACUGGUCCACAAGCGUGCGUUACGUAAAUGAACUUGGCAUUUGCAACAAGAACGAUAAUGAUCGAGUUUGUUUAAAUUUGCAUUUUCAAGUUUAUUCAAUUUACCUUAAAACCAAAGUCUGAGUCUGAGCAACAUUUUGGCAUAAAUUAUAAAGAAAGGGAAUAUUUGGUGCGUUGCAGCAUCUUCACAUCACAGAGUUUAUUGUGAAGGAGAAAGAUUUAAAUUUAAUUAUUGAUUAAUUUCAUUGUGCUUGUGAAUGUGAAGCAGUUUUUUUUUAGUGAGAGUGGUUGAUUCUUUAUUAAGUGAAUAUAUACGACCUGAUUCUUCAUUCCAUACGAUUUUAUCUACCAUCAAACUUUUAAAAGGUGAUCAUGGGCUGUCUUUUGAGUUUCUUACGGACUGGAACCUUUAAUUUUAGAUUUUUUGGUGCAGCAAAGCGAGAUUCCGAAAGUGGUGGAGAAUCUGAGAAGAAAAAGCUUUUAGAACCCAAAUCCGCAUCCUGCACCGCGGUGGGGGAUGAAGAUCUUGCGGCCAGCAAAAUCCAGGCUGGAUUUAGAGGCUACAAGACGAGGAAAUCUUUAAAGUCAAAGAAAACGAAAGGAGGCGACCUGUCACUCACUUCACUAACACCAUUUCUUAAUAAUAAUGAUGAUGGCCAGAACAAUUCUGGCAACAACGAGACCGAAGAAGCCAUGGAGCGGAAACGUUUGGAAAAAGCAGUUGAUGAAGAAAUUGCUGCAGAGAUCAAAACACCUCUGGAAACGAUCAGAGAGGAAUCAAUUGACGGAGGGAGUUAUCGUGUAAAAACUCCUGAAGUCCAUGUUCUGGGCAACACCACGCCCAACGUCGACCCUGUGCAAAUGAGCGACGAGCCAUUAUAUGAAAUCAGCGAACAACCUGAAAAAAUUAAUCUGCAAGAAAUUCAUGAAAACUUAUCAGAGGAAUUUGGUAACGACGUUUCAUUGGAUGACGUAAAGACAGAGUCUCUCGAGAUGGAGGAAGUGGAGCAGGAUGAUGCAGUCAACUUGACGACGAGAGAGGGGGAAGAGUCCGAUACUGCUGACAGGGAGAUGAUGGAACAACAUGUCAACCAAGUGUUGAAUGCACAGCAGGAAUUGGGCGAAGAUGAUCAAACAUCGCUGGGAACUACGGAUGUGAAAGGAGCGUCACUUGAGAUUCACGAGAGUGAGGUGGAAACUAUGAUAUUGGAGGAAGAUUCUGUGGCACCCGGAGGAGAAGGUGACAAUGAUGAAGGAAUGGACAUUGGUGAAAAUGAAAUUAUUGAUACCAAGGUCGGAGAAGACGGGGAAGAACCUGUUGAGGAGAAAGCAUUAUUUGGGAUGGAGACAGAAGAGGCGACAAAUAUUUCCGAGUCAUCCGAAAAACUUGAAAAAACUGAACUUGAACAAGAUGAGGACAAGAUUGAUGUUGUCGUUGAUAAGGAUGUGCCUGAUUUCGAAACAAAUAUUACUCAAGUAUCUCCUGAGCCAGAAGUUGCAGUUGAUGCAAAUACAUCUUCCCAGGAAGUUGACAAUAAGGAAAUCGAUAACUCAGACGAACUACAAUUACCUGAACCUGAAGCAUUGAAUGAGAAUGAGACAAGAUCAGAAAAUGAUGAGAGCCCUUCAAAACCGCAAAUCGACGAGCAAGUUAAUGACGAGGAUGAUAGCACAGAAGAGGAAACUUUGGGUGUAAAACAUGAAAAGACUUUGAGUGAUGAAACUAUUGAGGUUCGAGAUGAGGCUGAAGUAGACCAAGAAAAUGUCGAAAAUGUUAACCCAACUGUCACCACUUCCCACAUUCAAAAUUCCAGAAAUUCUGUGGAUGUAGAAUUACCCAGUUUAUCAUCUUUGCCUGAGAGACCACAAUUUACUAGCAGCGACUCUGCCUCUACAUUCGAAAAUACUGUCCUUCCACAUGAACUUUUAGAAAAGCACGAGGAUAGCUCACAGGACGCUUCCAGUCUUAGCGAAACCCAAGCUACCGUGGUGGCACCGCAACCCAAGCCCCGAAAACCGAUAGCAUCAAUUUCCACAGAGGAUAACAAGUCAUCCUUCGAGACCGAGACGGAUGUGGAGAAGAAUCUUCUCAAAGAGUCCAAUGACGACCAAACCCCACCACCUGUUUUAAGGAGGAACAAGUCAUCACCAAAAACUAGAGGAAGGGCUGUUUCCUCCAAGUACCGGUCUGGAAUAGUGAUGGAUGAGGAAGUUAGCAUGGAAGAAAUGGAGGCACAAAUCGAGAACGACAUGUUGUCUCAAGCAGCGACGAAAAUCCAAGCCGGAUUUCGAGGUUAUAUAACGAGGAAAACUAUGGGGGUAAGUGGUCGAAAACUGGACGGUGGUGGUAAGAAAAAGGCAAAGCUGAUGAGUGAUCAAGAAGAGAUCAUCAUUGCUGCUGCUGCUUCUGCGCCCAUUUCCUCCGCUGCUGCUUCAGCUUCCGCUGAUAACCUGGAGUACAUCGCAGAUCAAGGGAAAAAACCGAGUCUGUCCUUUUUGAGGUCGCGGUCGUACCCAGGUUCUCAUGACCAGGAGGAGGAAGAAUCCGGCGAAACAAAUAAUGGAGGAGGUGCAGCAUCAUCCACCGAGGUCAUAGAUUCUAGUGUGGAGCUUGAGUAUGAUCCCGCAUAUGUCAACAACGCAGCGAUCAAAAUCCAAGCCUCAGUGAGAGGUUACUUGGUUCGAAAGCAGAACAAGAAUAGCAAGAGGCGUGGAAGUCGAAAAGUUCAGGAGCCAAAGCAAAAGGAAGUUCCUAGGGUCCAGUUUGACGUUGGAAACGAGCCUGAAAAUGUGUUUGUUGAGGUAGGAGUCAGCCAAGACUUGCCAAAUUAUGGGGAUCUUAUCAUCAAUCCUGAUGACAGAGAUAUUUUGCGAGAUAGCGUGUCCCCAAUCUCAGAUGUUGGAUCAGAUGUCGCAGCGACCAAGAUUCAAGCCGCAUUCCGAGGCUACAAGGAGCGUCAGAAAGUACGACAGACCAAGAAGGCAGUGGUGACAAUUCAGGCAACCGUGCGUGGUUUCCUCACUCGUCGGCGACUUUUGAAGAUGCGAAGACGGAGCCUCCAAAGGAGAAGAUCCUCUGCCAAAUCCAUGAUGACACCAGAAGUGCAAAAGAUAAAGAAGGCCAAUGAUGCAGCCACCAAAAUCCAAGCCGUCUACCGAGGUUACCAAGUACGUUCGAAGAUCAGGAAGGGUGGAAUUGAGGAUGAUGACUGAGCAGGUCAUCGCAUACAUAACUUUUAUGGAUGGAUGAUGAGAAGAUGCAGUGAUAAAACAAAAUGCGGAUCGGGAGGGACCGUCUUCUAAAUUUGACAUGCCUAUCGUCACACGUCGAAAAAUAAGAAUAUGAGUCAUUCUUGUGUCAAUCAGUCCUUAGUUGCUUUUUACGACCACAUCAUCACUUGAGCAUUUUGCACACUUUUAUUAGGAUUUAGCAGGCACGUUUUUUUUGUUUUCUUUACAGUACUAGCUAAAAGUUGCCACAUAUUUAAAGUCAGUUUUAUUUUAUGAGUACGUAACUAUCUAUCUUUGUACUGUUUAUUCUGUAUGAUCGAAUCUUUCGCUUUUAGUGGGUUUAAAACCAAUAUGUUAGUUUGUGAAUGAAUCAGAACUUUUGUCAGAUUAUGAAACGUCAUAAAAGUCAAAAAUAGAAUAGAAUUUUCAUCUCACGUUCAAUAACCGGUUAAUGUAUAACAAGUCAAUAAAAAAGUUCCUAUAUAUGCCUCAAA